GCUGCCUUCCUCCCAGGCGGGCAGAGACCGGGAGUUGUACAGAAUCUCCUGCCACAGCCCCAGGAGCCUGGGCUCGGAUCCCAUUCAGAGGAAGACGGGUCCUGCCUGCUGCAGCCGUAGGAGGCGUGGCUGCGGGAGCCUUUGCCGGGAAUCUCAGGACGAUGCCAUCCUCCAUCUCACGGGGCCUCCUGCUGCUGGCAGGUCUGUGCUACCUGUUCUCUGGCUUCCUGGCUGAGGUUGCCCAGGAGAAGGGCAUCCCCAAGCAUGGUGAGGAGCACCAGGCCUCCCACAAGAUCACCCCGAGCCUGGCCGACUUUGCCUUCAGUCUGUACCGGGUACUGGCCCAUCAGUCCAACACCACCAACAUCCUCUUCUCCCCCGUAAGCAUCGCCACAGCCCUGGCCAUGCUGUCUCUAGGGGCCAAGGGGGACACUCACACCCAGAUCCUCGAGGGACUGGAGUUCAACCUCACAGAAACAACAGUGGCCGAGAUCCACCAGGGCUUCCAGAACCUCCUGCAAACCCUCAACCAGCCCAGCAACGAGCUCCAGGUGACCACUGGCAAUGGCCUGUUUGUCCAGAAUAAUUGGAAGCUGGUUGAGAAGUUUCUGGAGGAAGUCAAGAACCUUUACCAUUCUGAAGCCUUCUCCGUCAACUUCGCAGACCCCGAAGAGACCAAGAAGCAGAUUAACCGUUAUGUGGAGAAGGGAACCCAAGGAAAAAUUGUGGAUUUGGUGGAAGAGCUGGACAAAGAUACAGUUCUGGCCAUGGUGAAUUACAUUUUCUUUAGAGGCAAGUGGGAGAAGCCAUUUGAUGCUGAGCACACGGCGGAAGCGGACUUCCACGUGGACCAGUCAACCACGGUGAGGGUGCCCAUGAUGAACCGCCUGGGCAUGUUUGACGUGCACCACUGCAGUACACUGUCCAGCUGGGUGCUGAUGAUGGACUACCUGGGCAACGCCACCGCCAUCUUCAUCCUGCCUGACGAUGGCCAGAUGCAGCACCUGGAGAAGACACUCACCAAGGACCUCCUCGCCAAGUUCCUGGGCAACAGGCACACAAGGUCGGCCAAUUUGCACUUACCCAAACUGUCCAUUUCUGGAACCUACAACCUGAAGACAGUCCUGAGCAACCUGGGCAUCACCCAGGUCUUUAGCAACAGUGCCAACCUCUCAGGGAUCACGGAGGGUGCUCCCCUGAAGCUCUCCAAGGCCGUGCACAAGGCAGUGCUGACCCUCGACGAGAGAGGGACAGAAGCCGCAGGGGCCACAGUGUUGGAAGCCAUCCCCAUGUCUGUGCCGCCCGAAGUGAAUUUGAACCGUCCCUUCCUUUACAUGCUCUACGAGCAACACACCAAGAGCCUCCUCUUCAUGGGAAAAAUAGUGAAUCCCACACAAUAGUUAACUGCUCUCAGGCAUCAGCCCUCCGUUCCAGACAGUUCCCCUCCUGUGUUUGAUGGUGACAUUAAACACAGGCUGGCUUGGCCAGUGCCUCAGUGUCACCUGCAAA